CGUGUAUGUCCAGGCUUCUGCAGGGCAAGAAUGUUUUUUGCUCUGCUGUAACGACGACGCUCUGCAAGCGCAGUGCGGAGUGAGCGCCGUUUCACAAUUGUCUGCGGCUACCAGUGUUCACAGAAAACUCGCUGCGCUAGUCGCAAGAUCUCGCCAGCCGUCAUACAUUGUUUCUUCAGUCUUCGUGUGGUUAAAGGCGUAAAGUGACUACAAUGCAAUGUUUAGCUCUACCUCUGCUGACAAAGGAGGAACAAAGGCAACUUGGCGACGAGGAUACGGUUUUUUGGCGUGUCCGCGCUGUAGUAGGGUUCGUCCAGCACCACCAUCUCGUUUAUUUAAUGACCUGAAGCCUAUGGCAAGAACAACAUAAAGGACGAAUUCAUAUACUCUGGGCACUGAAAGUACCUUUCGAGAACCAGGAGCAAUGCUGAAGAAUUUAUUGCUGGCCGUAGCCACACUUGGAGCUCUCAUGUCUGCCGCAGCCCCCAAGUGCUGGCCGAGGGACUAUGGCUUUGGCAGCCCUGUGUGUGUGUGCAGCAUGACGUACUGCGACUUCAUUGGUGACAUCGGAGCCCUUCCACGAAGAGCAGCGGUUGCCUUUGAGAGCUCCAAGGCUGGCCUCCGAUUCGCUAAAACGGUCUUGUUCAUCAAAACAACAGAUCCACCAGGCAAGAACACGUUGGUACUUGUUAUCAACCCUGCAAAAACUUACCAAGAAAUCUUCGGCUUCGGAGGAGCCUUCACAGACGCCGCUGGGUUAAACUUGAGAAGUCUCCCGACCAAACUGCAAAACGCUCUUAUAAUGUCCUACUACUCCGGACAAGGCAUUGAAUACAGCAUUGGCAGGAUUCCGAUCGGCAGUAAUCACUUCUCUGUGCGCAAGUACUCGUACGACGACUCCCCGGGAGACAUGGACCUGAAAAACUUCACCCUCGCGGAGGAAGACUUCGAGCUAAAGAUCCCGUACCUCAGAACAGCAAUGUACGUGUCACGACAGCCCCUAUGGUUUUUCGGAAGCUCUUGGAGCAGCCCCGCCUGGAUGAAGUCCACCAAGAAGAUGGUGGGACGAGGCCAUAUCAUUGGAAUUCCAGGUGGUCCCUUCUACAAGACCUGGGCAAAGUACUAUGUCAGGUUCUUGCAGGAGUACGAGAAACGAGGCGUUCCCAUCUGGGGUUUGACGGCGCAGAACGAGCCUUCGUCGGGCAUGCUACUCCACCAUUCUUGGCAGGCCCUGGGCUUCACACCACAGACUGAAAGAGACUUCAUCAAACUCGAUCUGGGGCCUGCGUUGGCCGAGGCAGGUUACGGUGCGGGCAAGCUGAAACUCAUGAUGUUCGACGACACUCGCCUCGGAAUUCGACUGUGGGCAAGAACGGUUUUGGGCGAUCCUGAGGCAGCCAAGUACGUGCACGGAGUGGCUGUUCACGGGUACAGGGACGGGUUAGCCGGCCCUGGUGUGUUGGACAAGGUCCACGAGAACUUCCCGGACAAGUUUAUCCUGCCCACCGAGGCCUGCUCUGGCUACAACAGGAAGACGGGACAUGGCGUCAAGCUGGGCAGCUGGGAACGCGCUGAAGAGUACGCUGCCGACAUACUUCAGAACCUCAACCACUGGGCUAGUGGUUGGACGGACUGGAACCUGGCCUUAGAUACAGAAGGAGGCCCCAAUUGGGCUAAAUACUUCGUUGACUCGCCCAUCAUCGUGAACGCCACAGCUGAGGAGUUCUACAAGCAGCCACUGUACUACGUUCUAGGCCACUUUAGUAAAUUCAUCCCAAGAGGCAGUGUCAAAGUGGACGCGCGCAUGAAGGAAGGUUCAGAAAAGCUCCAGUACGCAGCCUUCAUGACGCCAGCAUCUACAAUCGUUGUGAUCAUCCUCAACAAGGGUGACGAACCUGUCAAGAUCAGAAUCAACGACGUGCUUGGCAUUGCCAGCAUCCAGUACACCAUCUACGAAAGGUCGAUAACAACGUUUAUAUGGGAAAACGAGAAGCAGGCAAAAGAUCAGUCUAAUCUCCAACGAAACUUCCAAAUAAACAAGACAAUAGGACAGUUUUUAUAGUUACAGCAGAAAUCUUCUUUAAUAGUGACCAUCACCAUCGCGACAUAAAUAAAUCCGACUGCACUAGCGUGUAGUCGGAUCCUACA